GAAAAAAGUUUAUCCAAAAAAAAAAAGAAAAUCAAAAUCUUCGAAGCUCACCUCCGAAUUCUCUCUCUCUCUUCCUCUUACGGUGUUCUUGUCGGUCGACGACGAUGACGUUUGCCAAGUCUUCAUCCUACACCGUGGCAUUGAUUUUUGUUUUAUUUACGAUUCUAUCCUCUUCCCACGCCCUGGUUUCGACUCAGUAUCCUAAAGCCAUCUCUGAUUUGAAAGAAGCAAUUGUGAAGGGAUUGGGAUUCCAAGCCGAUGAUCUUAAGGUUUCAGGGUUCGAUCUUGGGGAUGCCCUUGUUGGCCAUUCGGUGUCAUAUGAAUUUGACGUUGAAAUCGAUAAGAAGGUGAUUCCGUUUAAGCUUUCGGAGGAUGUGAAUCGGUGGGAGUACGUAGAUUUGCCAAUUUUUAGGGUGGAAGAGCCAGCUAGACCCGGGGAUGAAAAUGGGUUGGUGGAGCAGAAGAGGAAAUCGGACAAUGGGUUACCCGUUUUGGCCCCGUUCCAGUUGGCCGGACCCAUGGAGCUCUGGAUUCAGGAUGCCAAAGAUAUGCGCAUCUCCUUGCCGCAUGAUGUGGAUGCUGGUGUGUUGAAAAAGGUAGUUUUAGCAGAUGGCGCCGUGGUGACUGUCAAGGGUGCGAGAUCAGUUAGCCUGCGCCACCCAAUCGAUCUUCCUUUACCUCUCAACGGAACUCAUAAUGGGUUUGCAUCUGGCCUUAUGGCCCUGGCUGAGCAUCUUCGUGUAGCUUCUCGCGGUCAAGAUGCUCCAAUCCUGUCCCUCCGUAUUGUUGGCCCGACUUCCCUUAGUGUUCCAUCGUCUACAUCUUCAAAUAACAAGUUGAAGCUUAAGCGACUUGCCCCUGGCCUUGUGGAACUAUCCUCAAUGUCAAAAACCAAGGCCAUGGAUGCCCUUUCCACUAUUGAUCCACAAGCAGAAUCCCCUACUGUUCUGACCCCAAAGCACUUUGCUACAAUGUGGCCUCUUGCUUCCAUCAACGGUUCAAAUCCCAAUUUGGUUGGUUUCGAGAUGCUGCUAUCUUCUGUGCUGGGUCCGAAGGCAAGCAAGAGAGGUUCUUUCAAGUUAUUGAAGGCUGAUGUGUCAGCUCAGACGUUUGUGAAGAUUGGGUUUGGGAUUGAAAGGAAGUUGAAAGAAGGGGAUUUGGAGGGUUUUCCUCGGUGGAGGACCAAGCCUGAGACAAUGAGGAUGCAUUUGGAGGUUCUGGCUAGGGUUGAUGGUGAGAAAGUUAUACCAGAGAGAGUGGUGGAGGUUAACCCUGUUGUUAUAGAGGAUACUGUGGCACCAAAUGUGCUGACAGGGAACAUCACAAUGUCAACAACUCCUGUUGUUUACACUCCUUCCAACCCCUUCACCUUGUAAAUUGUUAAAGAGAGAAAAGGAUUACAGAUUUUGUCGAGUUAAAAGAAACUGUAAAGAUGAGUUGAGAUCAACUAUACCUUUUUUUUUUGGGGUUCAUUCUUGGAAUAUCUAAUGAGUUAGAAGAAUUGUAAGUCUCUAUAAAUUUGUUGAAUAAAGUUAAAGAUGGCAUUAUCACUA